UCAAAAAGUAUCUUUUGAGAAUUUCCAAAUGUGUGAUUUAUUUUCGCCUCUUAAUAAAUACACUAUAUCGGAUAGAAGAAUAGAUAGAAGCCUGUCAUAAGGAGUUGUGUUCAACACAGUAAUUUGGAGAUAAUUAUGGUAGCUACCUUCGUACUCAAAAAAAUCUUCAACUUUAAAUAUAUUUUUCUCAUUAUACUUAGUGUUAGUUACGUCAUCAAACAAGAUUCAACUUACUUUCAGAAAACAUUUAAAAAGGAUUUAGAAUAUUGUGAAACCUGCUUUCAAACACAGACUGAACAAUGCAGUGCAUUUCUUAACACAACUCUUCCAACCGAUAGUCUAAUUCUUCGUUCAUUUUAUAUACUCACAAACUGGAUACGGCCGGAUAAAGUAAUACGUCAUCUACGUUUGAAGUCAACCAAAAUAGAAAUAGUAGGCAAAUACUUUAGUAAUAGAAAGCGUUUAAAUCAAAUAAAAAAUGAUCUCAUUUCAACUGAUGCCUUAAGACACUACUUAAUUAAUGAUGAAAGCAUUGGUCGCUUUCAUCUAUGUCCACAGUUCGGACUCAACCGUUUUAUCAACUAUUUCCUACAAAUACCUAAUCAGUAUGUGGAAGACAAUACCUCUAACCGAGAGAGAACCAUUUUGGUAUAUAUGCUGAUUCAUGUUCAGCCGCUGAUUUUACCAUUACUGCAAGCUAAUGGAUUUCCUGUACCAAAUAUAUAUGCAACAUGUGGUUUUAGUAUAUUUCAGUCAAACGCAGGUCAGUCAAUGACGGCAUACCGAAAAUCACCUUUUGAUUUGAAACUUAAGAUCGCCAAACAAAUUUUGGAGGCAGCUAUUAUGUUCUCAUAUGGUUUUGCAAACUUUCGCAUCUAUAUUACUGAUAUGUCUGAAGAUAAUAUAUUUUAUGAUGCCACAGUUAAUAAGGUUUAUUUCGUCGACUUGGAUACAAUAUUUGUCAUCGACUCAGAAUCUAUAGGUCACGAUGGAGUUCAUCGUCAUGAUUUGAUAGAAUGUCAUAAUUGCUUCGCUUAUUCACCAGAUGAUUUGUGCAGCCAUAAACUAAGUGAUAUGAAUUUAUUUGCAGCUUGUCAAUUAUUACGUGAUAAUACGCAUAACAGCUUCGGGGGAUUUCUUAAGCCAUAUCCUGAAAAUCACUCUACACUCUUUCCUAAACUGGCAGCUUUACUUGAUAUUUGUGUGGAGUGUCCGGUGCAAAAAUGUCAUAAUCGUUUCGCAGUUACUUUACAAAUAAUUACUAUUCUUGAGGAAUAUAGUAAAAAUAUAUAG